GGGGCGCUGGUCGCUCUGGAGACGAAGUCCGGGUAUUUCUCCGCCAACCGUAGUGUUCCCUCUGUAACUCCCGUCCGAACAGUGGAGUGGAAGCUGCAUUCUCCCCUCUCUCCCGACGUCUCUCUGCUAGACGUUGGUCCACCCGGAUAGCCAUGGCGAUGAGCGAGUCCAAUUCUACAGGCAACUCUAAUGGAGCUAACUGAUCCUUUAUGGGAUCCGCUAAUCCGUGCAGAAACGCAUCAAAAAGAGCCGCUGAGUUCCAUCCACUCUCCGCUGCCAGGGUCCGGAAUUCGAUCGCGUAAUCCGCCACUCUCCUCUGCCGUUGUUUGAUGUUCACCAGGGCUCUCGCUGACUCUCUCCCAGGUGCUCUCUGGUCAAAAAUGUUUUUCAUAGAAUCCAUGAAUAGCCUUAACGAAACAGGCGAGUCUCGGACCCAUUCUGCUGUUGCCCAGGCUCCCGCUCUACCCGUCAAGUGAGAUACUAUGAAAGCUACCUUAGCUUGAUCUGUGGGAAAUGCUGCGGGCUGAUGUUUGAAAUGGAGAUCGCACUGUACCAGGAAUGGAUGACAGUUUCCAGAAUCCCCGGAGAACUUCUCCGGUGAAGCGAGGCGGAGUGUAGACGAUGGCAUGGGUAUUUGAACGGGGAUCUCAGCAAACCCGACCUCCGCUGAACCAGAAAACUCUGCCGCAGGAACAGCAGGACGUGCCUCGAGGUGCGCCGUGUGGACCGCGUGAUUUACUGACCCCACUGGUCUGUAGUGGUUCCACCAUGGGGAAGACUGGGAAGAGUACAGUGGACUUAAACUCCCCAACAGAGGUCAAACAAGCAGUUCCCUUUGAGGAGCUGGAUAUUGUGGCGCCCCCUGGUGAUGAAAAGAAGGAAAAAGAAGAGCCACCUGACAGGGGAAGCUGGAAGGGAAAGUUUGAUUUCCUCCUGUCAUGUGUGGGAUACGCCAUAGGCCUAGGAAAUGUCUGGAGGUUCCCUUAUCUUUGUGGCAAGAAUGGAGGAGGGGCCUUUCUGAUCCCCUACUUUUUGACCUUGGUGUUUGCUGGGAUACCUCUCUUCUUCCUGGAGACGUCUCUUGGACAGUUCACCUCAGUGGGAGGAAUGGGAGUGUGGAAACUAGUCCCUAUGAUGAAAGGUGUUGGUAUAGCUUCAGUGGUUCUGGCCUUCUGGCUCAACAUCUACUAUAUUGUCAUCAUCGCCUGGGCACUCUACUACUUAUUCAACUCCUUUGGUUCGGAGCUGCCUUGGCAAAGUUGUGAUAACCCUUGGAACACAGAAAAAUGUUUUUGCAACUACAGCCUGACAGACACCACCAACCUGACCAGUGCUGUCACCGAGUUCUGGGAGCGUAACAUGCACCAGUUGUCCAGUGGGCUGGAGGAGCCAGGAGAGCUGCGCUGGCCCUUAGUGGGCACCCUAGGGCUGGCCUGGAUCCUGGUCUACUUCUCAAUCUGGAAAGGAGUGGAGUGGACAGGAAAGGUUGUGUACUUCUCAGCCACCUAUCCCUACAUCAUGCUGAUCAUCCUGUUCUUCCGUGGGGUCACUCUGCCUGGAGCCAUAGAUGGGAUCCGCUUCUACAUCACUCCAGACUUCAAUAAGCUCCUCCGCUCUGAGGUGUGGCUGGACGCAGCAACUCAAAUCUUCUUUUCUUACGGACUGGGCCUGGGCUCGCUCAUCGCACUGGGGAGCUACAACCCCUACAACAACGAUGUAUACAAGGACUCCCUCAUAGUGUGCGGUAUCAACUCCUGCACCAGCAUGUUCGCUGGCCUUGUCAUCUUCUCCAUUGUAGGCUUCAUGUCCCAUAUCACUAAGAAACCAGUCGCUGAAUUAGCAGCAUCAGGUCCAGGUCUGGCCUUUUUAGCGUAUCCUCAGGCCGUCACCCAGCUGCCCAUGUCUUCUCUUUGGGCCAUCCUCUUCUUCUCCAUGCUCAUGAUGCUGGGCCUGGACAGUCAGUUCUGCACAGUGGAAGGCUUCAUCACAUCUCUGAUGGAUGAGUAUCCCAUGCUGCUGAGGAAGAGGAAGAAGCUCUUCAUCCUCUGUGUCUGCCUCGUCUCCUUCAUCAUCGGCUUCUCCAACAUAACACAGGGUGGUCUGUACGUGUUCAAGCUGUUUGAUUACUACUCUGCCAGUGGGAUGUGUCUCCUCUACCUCGUCUUCUUUGAAACUGUUUCCAUUUCCUGGAUCUACGGAGCUGAAAGGUUUUACAAGGACAUUGAGAGCAUGAUCGGCUAUAGGCCAUGUGGCUGGUGGAUGCUCUGUUGGAAGUACUUCACUCCGCUGAUAUGCCUGGGGGUGUUUACCUUCAGUGCCAUUGAAAUGACCCCUCUGACCUUGGGGAAGUAUGUGUACCCGAUGUGGGGCCAGUUGAUUGGCUGGUUCAUGGCUUUGUCUUCCAUGAUUCUGAUCCCGGGCUAUCUCAUCUACAUGUUCUCUGUCACCAAGGGCAGCAUCAAACAGCGUUGGCGAAAGAUGAUAACACCGCGGGAUGAUGAGAAGCCAUCGGGGCAUGAAGAAUUCACACACACAGGGAGCGUGGGCGAAGCUCGUGUCUAGCCAGGAUCGUUCAGGUUGAAAUAAUUCCCAUCUGCCAGGACUUACUAUAGUCAACAUUGAAUUUGACAAUUGAACAGAUGGAGUCUUGUACAACAAUUUACAAUCAUUAUUUUCUCCAUCAUACAUAUUAUGGAAAACUGGAAAAUGAUGAGACACUUUUUUAAAUAAAUGUAGAAUAUAGAAUAUUUCCUGUUGCAAUAAAAGAGUAAACUCUGAUUGAAUGUUAUAGAUCAGAAUUGGACCUGUGUACAUAUAUCACAAAUAUACCAUUCAUGUGACUGUAUAUCUUUCUCCUAUACUUGUAUAUUUUCUCUUCCAUUCAACAAAACCACUGUCUUGGUCUAAAAGCUUACCACACAUGUCUUGAAUGUGUUGUACAGAAAAAUAACACAAAUCUGGUAAAACUUGAUUCUAGGUGUAAAACUGUAAUGCAUCAAAAAUGGUUUGCUUGUGGUAGCUUAAAGAACCAUCCAGCCACUGUGAUAUUUUUUCCGGCAAUAAAAUAUGUGGAUCAUC